GAUUAUAUUAACCCGAUUCGGCGUCAAUUUGACAGUCACGUGGAACAUCUUUUGUCCAGCCCUAACGUCACUCACAGUAAAUAAAACAAAGGGUCUCAAAGGUGACAAGUGACAGAGAGAAAAGCAGAGAGAAAGACAGAGAAAAGCGUAACGAUGGCUGAGGUAGAAGAAACGAAGACCCAGCGAGCAGCUCGCCUAAGGCGGGAGAAGCGAGCUGCGAAGAUAGCGGCCACUGGAAAUGCGCGAUUAGACAAGAUAACAGGUAUCAGUGGCCGUUCAAUGUCAUGUAUGUUGUUCCCAGCUCAAUUACGCUCUUUGAAGCUUUGCUAAUGGUGGUGUUUAUAGUUCGUGAGGAUUCCCCAUCUGCUAGAAACACUCCAAGCCCUCCAAGAUAUGCCUCUCCUCCCGCACAAUCGCCGCCACGGCAACAGCCACCGUUGGGAACGUCUACUGGGCUAGGAAUGCCCCCCAAUACCGGAGAUAGCUCCCCACAGUCUAUCAAGGAGAAAGAGGAGUAUAUAAGGGCCCUUCUUCGAUCUCAACAGCCACCUCCCUCGGCAGGAGACAACGCAGAUCCAACGACAAAACUUCUUAGCAAUCUACUUGGUAUGCCUCCACCAGGAGCUGGCAUGACAACUCCAGGGGGAACACCUUCCUUCCAGCCCACUACUGGUGAUGCUCCAGAGCUCUCUCCCAAUGAAAUAGCUUCGGCCCUUGGAAUCUCCCCUUCCAUGGCCAAUAUUUUUCUGCAAGCCAAAGCUGGGCCCGUCUCGCCCUCCGCCCAACGGAACAACUCGAUAUGGAAAGCCGCUCAUAUCGUCUUUGCAACGGCUACAAGUUUAUAUUUCUUGGUGCUUCUGCAGUCAACUAUUAAUCUUUAUGGUGGCGGCGAUCGACUACCGCCUCCCGCAACCGUGCAGAACCCGUUUCUUAUCCUCAUUAUGGGCGAGUUGCUACUUAUUGGGGCACGGGAAAUAUUUAUGAAUAAUGAUGGCAAUGGAGCCGGUAAUGGUGUGAUCGGUGUGCUCAAGACGAGCAGACGAGUGCUAUCUGACAUUCUAAGGGACGGCAAGGUAAUGAUUUUUAUACUGGGCAUCGGGUCCCUAUGGAUGAAUAACUGGGGGAAGGUCAAAACGGAACAAGAUUAGAACGUAGGGAUCAUCGGCGGAUAGGGCCUAUGAUUGAUUGACUUAUGAUAUAUGAUGAUGAUACUCCAUGAAAUUGUUUUCUGUGUAUUGAUUCCCGUAUGACGACGAGUAAUACCGCCUCGACGGGACAAAACUGCCGCCAAGAAAGCUUGACUAGAUAUAAGCUGCGAGUUUUGAAUGUGCUAUGGAGAUAUCUAACCUUCAAGCCUUUAUCAAACAUACAUCUUCAUUCCCCCAAAUCACCGCAGUGGACUUACCCGUCCGACCUAGUCGGAGUUUCAUAUAGAGAUAGGUUAAUCUUCCCAUGGAAAAGCAUCAGUAACAUCCUAAGGAAUAUCUAUUGGAUACGUUCCCCUCGCUGGAGCUGGACAGUUGAAGAGCCUGCAUGUCUUACCACCUCUUCAACCUUUUGGCUUAGUGGUUGAUGAGUGCUGUGGGGGGGUAUUAGUGUAGGGGCAUGGUUUAGAAUAUUACUUCUUUGGUUUAUUCACAGGAGGAGCAGGCGGGAAUCAUCCGAAUCUUACCAAUGACUGGUCUUUUUCUGGGCUAUAUAGCUAUAGAAAAUGGGUUAGUAUGCUGUAUUGACUAUGUAGAAGAUUCCACUAUUUAUCUAACUUGGGCCUUUAUACUCAUGGAUGGAUGAUACGACAAGAAUAACGACAGGCCGAGUGAUUUUCGGUCCACGCACUGCCGAAUAACACCUGUGAGAUAGAUGGCCAGGGCGUAUAUAUCCACUACAGUGACCAACUAAGGCAGACAAAACUUGGAGUCGUAGAGUAGGCGGAAUGAGAUGCCGAGAGAUGCUUUGCAGCUUCAACUGAUAGAUCAACUGACAAUGGGUUGCAGAAGAUUGCAGAGUGCCUAGCUGUAUACUUCAUAGAACCGUCCAGCAUUCUGAACAGGCAUGUAUGUAACCCUGCUGCAUGCUGUGUUGCUACCUAGCCCCUCGGUGGCUUGCCUGUGUCACUGCAGCAAGGGACCUCUAGCGUAUCCCACCAGCAUCCCAUAAAUCUUCUUGUCUCGGCGCUUCCGUGGUUUUCGUCCUGGCUUCAUCGUGAUCAGUAAAAGCUGGACGGAGUAACUGCUCCGUGCUGCUCCGUGGUUAUAUUUGGCGUAGUAUGAUUCGCCUUGAGUUGUUUCGGUUGAAUGGAGGGACCCCGCAUAACCAUUAACUAGUUAACUAUGUAGCUAGUCGGCGAACUAGUAGGGAGCCGCUCUCGGGAAACCAUCAUCAGGAGGUGACAGCGGG